UCCAGAAAAGCAAAAGUUGCUGGUCACUUCUGAUCCUUACUCCGCUCCACCAACCGUUCUUAAUUAUUUCAGUGUUUAUUAUUACUCUUUAAAAAUCGUGGAAUAUAUUCUUUUUAAUUUCUUCAAAAUUCAAUCUUUUGAUCAUUGCUAGCGGGAAUUACUACUAUCUUCUCGAUCUUGUUUAGCGGAUAAAUACAAGAGCUCCAAUGUGUUCGCUGCAAAUACGCAACUGCAGAGGACCCUACCAUUCACCCUUCACCACCUGCUUCUCAUAUCAGCAGCUGCACGUGACAGUAAUUCACUCUUCUUUUUGGGGCAAAGGUUUGUGUUCCGGCAGUAAUGGCAGCAGCUCCAGCAUUAGCGCAACCGAGAGUCGAUUUUCCGAUCGAAAGAGGCCACCUUUUCGGGUCUUCGCAAUGUCCCCGUCGUCUUCGACUUCCGGCUCGGCAUUUAGGAUGAAUUUGAAUGAAUAUAUGGUGACUCUUGAGAAGCCCCUCGGCAUUCGUUUUGCUCUCUCUGUUGAUGGAAAAAUUUUCGUCCACGCUCUCAAGAAAGGGGGGAAUGCUGAGAAGUCGAGAAUAAUAAUGGUUGGGGAUACUCUGAAGAAGGCGAGUGAAUCCUCAUCAUCAUCAUCUGGAGGGGGGCUUAUAGAGAUCAAGGACUUCGGUGAUACAGAGAGGAUGAUGAAAGAGAAGUCAGGGACUUGUAGCCUUGUGCUUGAAAGGCCCUUCUCCCCUUUCCCGGUUCAUCGGCUGUUUCUGAUGAAUGACCUUGAUAUCUUGUUUAAUAGAGGUCGUGUGCCUCUUGCCACUUGGAACAAAAAUAUACUGACCUCAAACUUGCGAUGCUCUACUGAUGGUGGCAGCAAUUCUGGGUUUGUUACAUUCUCGUCCAAGUAUGUAAAUCCUCGUGGAUGGAAGAUUUUGAGCGAUCAAAACAAAACUAGUUACCAACAAAUGUUGAAGAACAAUGGCCAUGCUGUACCACUAAGUCCACUUGUCACCAUUUUCUUUGAUGAAGAGUCUGCAGCUGGUGAAUGGGCUCAUGGGAGUUUCCCAUUGGACGAAUAUGUCAUGGCAUUGGACCGAGCAAGUGGGGAGCUUUACUAUAAUCAUUCUCUUGGUAUGCGUUAUAGUAAGAUCACAGAGCAAAUAUAUGUGGGAUCAUGUAUACAAGCAGAAGCUGACGUUGAGAGUUUGGCUACCACUGCGGGGAUCACUGCUGUGCUGAAUUUCCAAAGUGGAACUGAAGCAGAAAAUUGGGGAAUAAGUUCAAAAGUAAUAAAUGAGACAUGCCAACGCUGUAAUAUUCUCAUGAUCAACUAUCCCAUAAGGGAGGUUGAUUCUUUUGAUACAAGAAAGAAGCUACCAUUCUGUGUUGGUCUUCUUUUGCGCUUACUCAAGAAGAACCAUCGUGUAUAUGUCACUUGUACUACUGGUUUUGAUCGAUCCCCUGCUUGUGUGAUUGCAUAUUUGCAUUGGAUGACCGACACUUCCCUCCAUGCAGCGUACAACUUCGUCACUGGACUGCAUUCUUGCAAGCCUGACAGGGCAGCAAUUGCUUGGGCAACAUGGGAUCUAAUAGCAAGGGUGGAAAGUGGUAGACAUGAUGGACCUGCAACCCAUGCUGUAACCUUUGUCUGGAAUGGGCAUGAGGGGGAGGAUGUUUACUUGGUUGGAGAUUUUACUGGAAACUGGAAAGAACCAAUAAAGGCAGUCCAUAAAGGUGGCCCAAGAUUUGAAGUUGAAGUUAGACUUCCACAAGGAAAGUACUACUACAAAUAUGUAGUUAGCGAGCAGUGGAGGCAUUCAACUAGUUCGCCAACUGAAAGGGAUGAGAGAGGGAAUGUUAACAAUGUAAUUGUCAUUGGUGACAUUGCCAGUGUUAGGCCUUCAGCCCAACAACAAAAGAAGGAUGCAAAUAUUGUGAAGGUCAUCGAGAGGCCAUUGACUGAAAAUGAGCGGUUUAUGCUUGCUAAAGCUGCUAGAUGUGUUGCAUUCUCCGUGUGUCCAAUAAAGCUGGCCCCAAAGUAGCUGGUCAAUCUACUCUUUUGGUCUGAGUUAGUGUACCAGGCUGAUAGCUCUUGAUGACACUUGAAGGCAGACCGCUUCAUUUUUUAGCAUCCAUGUUGGGGGCAAGAUUUCAAGGUACCAAAUGUGGAGUUAUAAGUUUUUUGCAUUCGUCAUUCACAAGAUAAGAGGUGAAUCUACUUGAAAGGAAAAGUGAAGCAAGAAAUGGAAGAUACGUGUGUGACUUUAAAUAGGAUUGGUGCAGUUUUGAAAUGGAUUUCUCACAAGGUUUCUGUCAGGUCUGAUGGGUUCUUACAGUUUGGCUACAGAUUCUGUUCUGAUAGUAAGAGUUAUACAAUCUAUAGCUACUCUGUCAUUCACUUUUAGCUCGUAAGUUUUCAUCCAGCAAAUAUAACAGGAAACACUGAUGUCUCUUUCUUUAUUCUUAUCUUUUUACGCAUGAGAGACAACAAAUGUUUUAUUAUCUCGAAAUAUCAUGGGGGAAUAUGGCUGUCACUUAAAAAGUUUUCCGGUUAAUGUAUUUAGUUCAGCCAAAUGGAGUCACUUGUACAACACUCGGAGGAGUUGGAGGGGCUUUGACCAGGCCCCUGGGUCUGAAUCUCUUCAUUCAUGUCCAUAAUCUGCAGAAUGGUUAUGUUCUAUUCAGCUAGUUACUGGUACUCUGUUUGAAAAC